AACUGCUCCAGCGUUAUGUGUAGCUGAAUCCUAUUGGUUCACAAAGUGACCGCUCCAGCCAAUCGGACCGAGCCUUGUAACGUACAGAGAAAAAAAAAACUGAACUUGUUGUGCUGUUUCCUCAAACGACAGCGUCCGAGUGCGCCAUGGAGAGCUCGUCAGUGUACAUGUGCUUCCCCUGCUACCAGGAGUUCGACACUCUGGAGGAAGUACUCAAGCACCAGUUGACAUGCACUGCUGAGGAUGAACCGGCAGACACAUCUGGAACCACCACUGUCAGUGUUCCAUUGCUACAGGCUCAGCAAAAGGUAAUAAAUGUAUCAAGGACAGUUGCAGUUCCACAGAUUCAAGUCCUAGCAGCACACCCCUCUGUGCAAAUUGAAAAUAGUUCACUCAAGCAAGCUGCACUGCCGUCAGACCAACCCCGAAUACUGUACCAGUGUGGGGACUGUGAUGAACUUUUCAAGACCCUGGAACUUUGGCAGCAUCACCGUAAAGAAGAGACAUGUCAGCAGUCAGCCUCUGGGAGCAAGUCAACACAGGAUUCACAGCCUGAUGCAGAGACUACUUUAGCUCAGAGCGCCACCUCAAAUUUAGAUCCAGAUGGUUCUUCUCUCAAGUUUAGCCUAGAAUCAGAGGAGAAACCUGAAGAAGAGGAAAAGGGAGAGGAGGUUAUUGAGACCUCUACAGCUCAAAGCUCUGAUGUUCCCGUUUCCGAGGUGAUCUCUUCGACCUCUAAUCCAGAGGAUUCCUCUCCCAAGAGGAGAGGGGCGAACAAGAAGCCUAAGCCUGAGCCAGUGCUCCUGUGUGUGGACUGUGGCUCAUGCUUUGGCCUGGUGUCUGAACUAGUGGCCCACCGCCGGACCCAACACGGCUUUGAGGAAGCUCUACACCGUUGCUCUGUGUGUGGGGAAAGCUUCCUAAACACCACGCUCUUUCUUUACCACCGCAAGCAACACAAACAGAAAGGUGAGGAGGAGGCGAUGGUGGUGUCUGAAGCCACACCAACAGAGGACGUUUGUACUCCGAGCAAUGGGACAGAGGAGCAGGGGCAAGAUGACGCCCCCUCCGCCACCAGCGUGACAUCCACUUUCACACAGCCUGAGUUGUUUAUGUGCACCCAGUGUGGGCAGAGCUUCAGCGAUGAGGGAGGACUGGUUUCUCACCGUAAGCAGAAUCACGACCUGAAGGAGCCACUGCAUAGUUGCUCACAAUGUGGCAUUAGCUUUAUGAACACCACCCAGUACCUCUAUCAUCGUCGGGAGCACCGCUUCACAGCAGGGACAGAGGUGGCGGAUGGAGCUGAGACUGGUGAUGAAACAGCCACCACUAAUAAUCAGGAUAUCCCACAGAGCUCAAAGCGGCUGCUUUCCCCAUCUGCCGGUGCCAGUGAUUUGGAUUCACCCCAUCCUAAAAGAAGUAGGCCCUCUUUCAGGAUCUUGAGGGGGGGUAAUAUACUUAAAGAAAACAAGGGUUCAGGCAGUAAAGACGAUACGGAGGGCAGCACUGCAGCUGACUCAGACAAAACCAACCAGCCUCCACCGGCAAAGCUGCUGCAGGACUGGGCCCGCACACCAUUACCCCAUGUUUGCCCCUAUUGUGGCAAAACUUUCACCCGGCGUGUCUUCCUCCGCACCCAUGUGUAUAGCCACACUGGAGAAAAGCUCUUCACAUGCAAGUUGUGUACGAAGGCCUUCAGUAACUCCCAGAGCCUCCUGCGCCACAGCAUGAGCCACACGGGCCACAAGCCCUUCAGCUGCGAUGUCUGUGGCAAAAACUUCUCCCAGGCAGCCACCCUGAAGAGACACCGACGCAUUCACACAUCAACACAGCCUCGGCGCAAGCGUGGACGAAAACCGAUGUGUCAUGUGGACAGUGAGGGCGCUCCUCAUCUCUUCCCGUGUCCUCACUGCCCCUCACGGUUCAACACGGAGGAUCAGCUUAACGUUCACAAACUGUUCCAUACCAGCCAUCCGUUCCCCUGCCCAGAAUGUGGAGAGGCCUUCACACGCAGGAAAGAACUUGAUCUGCACUCGCUGACUCACCAAGACAAGCAGCCGGCGACGUGUCCUCACUGCUCAUCCCAGUUUGUGAACCAGUCGGUGCUCGAAAUUCACCUGCAGCGUUGUCCGACCACGGAGGAGGAGAGGAAUGCUGGCCGCGGACGGGGUCAGGGCCGGGGCCGCUGCACCGGACAGCUCGAGUGUGACCUAUGUGGCCACCGUUGCAUGACCCAGGAGGGCCUUGACCUCCAUCGGUUGUCCCACACGGGCCAGACACCUCUCAAAUGCCCAGUGAGGCCUUGCCGCCGCCGAUUUACCUCCAACAGUGCCCUGGAGGAGCAUGUGAUGGCGCAUUUCCAGGGAACACUCAGCAAGUCCAAAAACCGACCCCGCUUCCGCUGUCAGAUUUGCCAAAAAGAAUUUGCCUACAAUUCCACCUUCACCGUUCACAUGCGGACACAUACUAAUGAAAGGCCGUUUGAGUGCGACACAUGUGGCAAGCGUUUCCGCCAGCUGCCCCAUCUGCGGGACCAUGAGCGCAUCCACAGUGGCCUGCGGCCUUUCUGCUGCUGGAUCUGUGGCAAGAGUUUCAGCGUGGCCGCCCGUCUCACCGAGCAUGCCCGUACACACAGUGGCGAGAAGCCCUACCCCUGCGCCCACUGCCCUGCAGCCUUCCGCUCCCGCUCAAACCUGGAUAAACACAUCCGGCUGCAUGGAGACAUGCCUCUCGAAACCGCAGAGGAGGCGGCGCAGGCAGCCGAGGCCGCCCAGGUCCAGAAGGUGCUGGAGGGGGCCAAGGUGCUGUCUUCUCUGGCCGCCACAGGGGAGGUUGGAUCGGGCACAGUGCAAACCAUCUACGUGCUGCAGGGGGGCGAAGGAGGUACUGAGACUGUCAUGAUCCCAUCUGAUCAGCUCAGCGCCAUGGCGGGAACCUCACAGGUCGUCAUCCUGCCGUCCUCUGUCCUCGGAACUCAGUCCAUCACUGUUCCCACUAUCACCAUGGAUGGAAAUGAAAUCACCAUGAUGGAGACUAGCCAGUCUCCGCAGCACACCAUUGAGUUCAUCGUGGAGGAGACUGUAUAAAGGCAGAAUAGAAAACUAUCCAACAUGGUAGAAAAAGAUGAAUUAUAUUAGUUGAGCUUAUAGACUGUUGAUGCAGUGAAACGUCUGAUAAUUGUAGGAUGUGCAGUUUCUGCCUUAUGUUUAUAGUUUGAUAGAUUUCUUAGCCACAUUGAAUCAAAGUCCCAUCCUGUGAAGUAAUACCAUUUUACAACUUUUCCCUUCGCAGCAAAUUCAUUAAAUAUUGCUGUUGAAACUGUUCUUUCAAACUGAUUCCAAAAAGGGGUGAAAUUGCCCCUCCAUUGUACAUAGAAGUGUAUUUACAGCCGCUAUUUAUUAGGGGAAAAUCAGUGGUGGCCUGUGAAAUGUCUUCUGCUUUCUUUAUAAUAAAACACCUCAGCUUUCA